AUGUCCUUCAGGCUCAAUCUCCCCGAUGGCCGCGCCCACAAAGAGGAGGAUGUCACCCAGGCCCGACUGGCCGCCAUGAGGAAUUCUGCCCUCGCCGCUACCACACCACGAGAAGGCACACCCUUGCCUGGCGAUAUGAGGCUCGACGGCUCCCUUUCAGUAGAUACUUCGUCGCCUGCUCUGUCGCCUGGCCCUGGCCGCCGCCAUGUCGUCUUCCCAGACCCUGUUGCUUUUAGGUACCUCUCUGAAGACCCCUUAGUCCAGAUAGUCAAGAGCCGAGGCGAACUUGGCGGCUACGAGCUCUACCUUGUCGAACAAUGGGCAUGCUCUCGACUGUCUCCCACCCUCGUGAUCGUCACCUAUACGGGCGACCCAAAGUCUUCAGUGGUAGUGGGUGUGCUCUCUGUGCCGGCAGAUGAGGAUGAGUGGUCGCCAAGACUCAAGGUCUACUUCAAGGCUUUGCAGAUAUACCAUGCGAGACCGAAGGAGACGGAGCUGGGCGAGCUGAUGGUCACCAACCUGAGCAGCUUCCCCUCGGCCCUCACUGUCAUAUUUGUCCCGGACGGGGAUAUCAAGAGGCACAGGCAGGCUUUCAUCGUGAACGAGGACCUGAAGAGGACCGGUUGCUCGGGUCGAUCCGGCAUGACCUUGUCAGACCCUACCCCGGCGACCCAGGCCAAAUUCUACACCACUUACAAGAUCCACGAGAAAGUCCCCUUUUUCGAAGCCGUCAUGGAGCUGGUAAAGCUGUGUCAAGUGGCAUUAUUUGUCUUCGGCAUGCUGGAUCAAGAGUACAUUGACGGUCUGCUGUGCGAUAUCACAGAGACAGCAAUCGGUAACUGGUGGACUGAGGUCGGAUCCGAGUACUACAACAUGGAGCCAACCGACGGCAUCCUGGGUCCAACCACCGUAGCCGCACUACUCGGCAUGCUCAUCGGCGCAAGAAAUCGCCUGAGCUCGUACGGUGUCACCGUAGCCAAAGAUGUCUUUGAGAUCGAAAGUACCAAGCGUGGCAUUGGGCAUUUUCAGAAGUCUCAGAAACUGGAGAGGACUAGGAGACUCGACCGUCAGACGCUUCUCAAACUGCACAAGUCCACUGCAAAGGCCGCCGCCGGUGAAGAAUGGGGCGUGCAAAAGGCAAUCGGAGCUACGGUAUCUCAAUUCGGAAAGAGAGGUGAGAUCCUCAGCGGAGUCAUUGGGACACGCGAGAAGGCCGGAAUCGGGGAAGUCGAGACGGUUGACAUCGACAAAUUCAGAGACCUGGUGUCUGGUGAGCGUGCAAAAUGGCUCUGGCAGGGCAAGCCUCGAAGACUGGCCCUGGAGCACUCUGAGCGAUCGAUACCAGACAUGACCAACAUGCUUAAUUUUGGGAAAGAGGAUGAGAAGGAGCGCGAAAAAGAAAAAGAGAAGCACAAGGAAAAGGACAGGGAGAAGGAGAAGGAUAAAGAGAAGGAGAAGGAGAAGGAUAAAGAGAAGGAGAAGGAGAAGGAGAGAGAAAAGGAGAGGGAGAGGGAGAGGGAGAGGGAGAGGGAGAGGGAGAAGAGCUUGAACAGCCGAGUCGCACCACAACACGCUCUUUCGGAUACGAAGAGCUCAACCCUACCCUGCGGACAAAAGAACAAUCGAUCGGGCCUGCACAAGGCCGUCUUCAGGAGUGUCGCGGAUCGAGUGAGUGACGCCCGCUCCAGACUCGGCCGUAUUGGGGAUGCCGUAGGUGGCAACCGCAAGGGGCACUCGAGCCGGCCGUCCAGAGACGAGACUCCAGAGACCGGAUACACUAGCCCUAGUAUAGGAAGCCUGAUCCAGUCUUCCGGUGCUCUGUCCAGUCCCGUCAUGUCAGGCAGGGCUUUCACAUGGAAGAACAAGCCCGAGGAAUACGCGAACGUCUUCCAGAGAAAGCACCCCGAUGCUGAACACCCCAUCGAUGAAGCCACCCCUGGGCCAAGGGCCACCUCUGGGGCCCAAUUAUCGCCACUUCAGGAGGCGCGCAACUCUGUUUCGGAGGCUAUAGACUCCGUCAAAGACCUGCCCGGCGACGUAUCGAUGGCCCCAUCAACUGUCGAUGAGAAUGACUUCCACAGACUAUUCCGACUGCCUGAACGAAGCGGGAAUGCGCAUUCUUCGUUGCUACAGAGACGACAUAGUCUGGCCGUGGCGACAGCUUCCCUAGAGAAGCAGCCCCUGAACGAGGACCGCUGGCCACGACGCAUGUCUUUCAGCGCUGCCUCGGAAGCCAUUCUCCGCUGGGACGAGAUUGUCGACCUGCAAGAGGAGCCCAGUACGCUUGAGGAGCACCUGGCUUCCGCCGAACUCGCACAAUCCCUCCAUGCGCAAAUAUUCAACCUCUCCCAGUCACUCUCACCGUGGGUGUCGUCCAAGAUCAAUACCGUCGAAGCCCUCGAGGAGACGUACGCCACACAGCAGGACACCCUCCAGCAGGCCUACUACGCGUUGUCGGAUGAGUACCAGAGAGUCAAGCAGAACUCGGCCGAGAUGAUCGCCGAAGAGAAGGGGAGGGUCACCGAAGCGAUUAAGGAUGUGGAGGUACAGGUCGCAAAGCUGGAGUACGAGAUCAACGCGCUGGUCUCCAAGGUCCAGGACGUCGAGGACGGGGUGGCAGACUUUGAGGCCAGCGUCGUCGACGUGGAGACCAGGGCCGAGGAGCUCAAGAGCCAGCUCGAGACCGAGAGCUGGGUACAUUGGGCCGUCAGGACCUUGACGGGCAUCGGGACCGGGCCGAACAUCCUGAGGCAAGGCUGA